AAGCCACAGCAGCGGGCCCCACGCCACACUCCUCUUCCCACUCCCUCCCUCAGUCCUCCCGCUCCAGCUCCAGCUCCAGCUCCGUCGAUGCCCAUAAACCCCAACACGCAUAAAAGCAGGUGCCGUGCGGUGCCGGGGGAGCGCGUGACCACCACCCAGCCAAAGCCAUGGAGCUCGCCACCCGCCCCCCGCGCCACCAGCAAUAAUACAACCAACGACCCCCUACCGCGCCGGACAUGGGCAAGAAGGCCGGCGCCACGUCCUGGCUCACCGCCGUCAAGCGCGCCUUCCGCUCGCCCUCCAAGGACGACGCCGCCUCGCCCUCGCCCGCCAGGAAGGCCUCGCGUCUCCGCGACGACGCCCCCGCCCCCGCCGACGCCGACCACGACAAGGGGAAGCGCGAGCGCCGGAGAUGGCUCUUCCGGAGGUCCUCGCCCCCGUCGUCCCCGGCCCCCGCCGCGCCGGACCACCCGCACCCGGCCGUCACCGUCACGGAGGAGCAGCGCCACGCCAUCGCGCUGGCGGUGGCGACCGCCGCCACGGCCGAGGCCGCCGUCGCCACGGCGCAGGCGGCGGCCGAGGUGGUCCGCCUCACCCGCCCCCCCGGCGGCCUCGCCGCCCGUGAGCGCCGCGCCGCCGUCCUCAUCCAGACCGCGUUCCGGGGCUACCUGGCGCGCCGCGCGCUGCGGGCGCUCAGGGGCCUCGUCAAGCUGCAGGCGCUGGUGCGCGGCCACAACGUCCGGAAGCAGGCCAACAUGACGCUCCGCUGCAUGCAGGCGCUGGUGCGCGUCCAGGCGCGCGUCCGGGACCAGCGGAUGCGCCUCUCCCAGGACUCCAUGUCGUCCCUGUCCGUGUCGCUCUCCGCUGCCGGCGCCGCGGCGGCGCCGCCGUGCGGGAGCAGCAAGUCGUCGUACAGCGUCGACACCUCCACGUUCUGGGACUCCAAGUACACGCACGACUACGCCGACCGCCGCUCCGUCGAGCGGUCUCGCGACGGCAGCAGCUUCGCCGCCGACGACUGGGACGACCGGCCGCGGACGAUAGAGGAGAUCCAGGCCAUGCUGCAGACCAGGAAGGACGCGGCGCUCAAGCGUGAGAGGGCGCUCUCCUACGCCUUCUCGCAUCAACUUUGGAGGAACCCGGCGGAGGCGGCGGAUGAGAUGGACGUGGACGGCGGCGGGCAGCAGCCGCGGUGGGCGGAGCGGUGGAUGGCGUCGCGCGCGUCCUUCGACACGAACCGGAGCAGCAGCAUCCGCGGCGCGGCGGCGGCGCCCGGGCGCGCGUCCAUGGACCACCACCGGGAGCCCGUGAAGACGCUGGAGAUGGACACGGCGCGGCCCCUGUCGUACUCGACGCCGCGGCGGCAGGCGCCGUCGUCGUCCUCGCCGAUGCACCACCGCGCGCACCACGGGCACGGGCACUCUCCGGUGACGCCGUCGCCGGGGAAGGCGCGGCCCCCGAUCCAGGUGCGGUCGGCGAGCCCGCGCGUGGACCGCGGCGGGAGCGACACGCCGAGCCUGCUGCACUCGCAGCGGCACCACCACCACGCGGGGGCGGCGGCGGUGCCCAACUACAUGGCGGCGACGGAGUCGGCCAAGGCGCGGGUGCGGUCCCAGAGCGCGCCGCGGCAGCGGCCCGCGACGCCCGAGCGCGACCGGCUCUCCGGCGGCGGCGGGAGCGGCGCGAAGAAGCGGCUGUCGUUCCCGGCGGCGGCGGAGGCGCAGUCGCUGCGGAGCCCGAGCUUGAAGAGCGCGGCGGGGCGGUUCUCGUCGGAGCAGCGGUCGACGGUGUCGUCGUCGUGCGCGGAGAGCCUCGGCGGAGAGCCGGCGUCGCCGUCGUCCACCACCGACCUCCGCCGCUGGCUGCGCUGAGUUGUACUGUAACGUCAUCUGCCUUGGCAGCAGACACGACCACGUGCCCCUCCCGCGGCAUCUCUCUCGGUGUAAUUCAUGGCAGCUUUUUUCGAGCGGGACUGUGGUGUGGUGGGUCCCGCGUGGCAGAAGCACGCGGGCGGGCAGGCAGGCUGGACUGGAACUGGAAAGCGUAGGUGCGAGAAUCCGGCCCUUGUUUGGAUGCUCUCUGGAAUCCUAGUGCUAGAAGAGAAUGUUUUCUGCAUAAAUGAUCGGAUGAAUUCUAUUUGCAAAAUUUUUUUUGA